AAUAGUUGACAGAGAUAGUAUGGGCAAACUAUACAGAAAUAUUAUACUUACAAUACAAUAUACUUAUUCCUACAUAAACAAUCGGUUUAUUCGAACUUGAGUCAGAGAACUUAUAGAAUCUUAAUUAGAUCACUCAACAUAAUGUAUAGCUUACGCCAAGUGUAUUCCAUCGGUGGUCGUGUGUCGACGCGUACGCUUGCACGCCAGCAGCCCAUAGUUGUGCGUGCAUUGCACGCCGCCACUAGUUUAAGGGACGAAAAGAAAGAUGAGCCUAAACCAGUUGAACCGGAAGCCACCGAGGAUAACAAGCUGGAAGCGGAACUUGCUGCUUGCAAAGAAGAAGCUGCCAAAUUAGCCACGAAUGUGAAAGAUAUAAAUGAUAAGUAUAUGCGAGCUCUAGCGGAGAUGGAGAAUGUGCGCAAGCGUGCCCGCACAGAUGUAGACAACCAGAAGCACUUCGCCAUCCAGAAGUUUUCUAAAUCCUUGAUCGAGGUUGCAGAUAUCUUCACUCUGGCCACGCAGGCCAUCAAGGAAGAGGAGCUGGCAAGCGAUCCCAAGCUGCAGAACAUGCACAAGGGUCUCACCAUGACGCAGGAUGCCCUACACAAAGCUUUUAAAGACCACGGCUUAGAGAAGUUCGAGCCACUGGGAGAAGUGUUCGACCCCAACGCACAUGAGGCUGUGUUUGAGCUUCCCGAUCCGUCGAAGGAGCCAGGCACAGUAGGUGUGGUGCAGCAGGCAGGCUACUUACUUAACAGCCGCACUCUGCGUGCCGCUAAGGUUGGUGUGGUGCGUAAGCAGGAUUAGAACGAAUAUUUUCCUGAGAGCACUUCCUGGUACGUGUGGUGAACCGAAUGCGUAGCAUUGGAGAUCGGGAGAAAGAAAGGGCUUGUACAUAGGCCACCUACUUGCACAGCUGGAUGUGGCAGUGGGAAUUCAGGGUGGAGUACGCGAAAGUGUACUUGCUCUAGUUCAAGACUAGACAUGGACGCUGGUUCCUCUCUCAAUACGGUGUUCACCUACUUGUGUGUGUGGGAAUGCACUUACGGUCAAGUACUUACCCUCGCGCUUGCGAUGGUAGCUUGAAUUUGUAGUGCACAUGCAGGUGCAACAAAUUAAAGUAGGGUGUCGAAUUAUAGCGGGGUGUUGUCAAUCAGCGGUCGACGUUGUCUGUGACAAUAAAGGGCUUGUUGACAGGGCUGUAUUUGGCUUGUAGAUCUAAAAGAGACUUGUACAUAUCAGGUCAGGGUACAUGUGUUUUACAAGGCACGGGUAUAAAUGGCGGUUUAGCUUCAGCCAAAUGUAAGGCAGGUUUUAGUGCUGGCCAUGCGCACACUGUAAACUGAGAUUGGGCGGUAGGUAUACAUAGCCUUUCAGUGAGUGCAUGGACAGCGAAGUAAAUUAAUUGGGGUUUUAUCAAUAAAUUUUAUCAGAUAAUACA